AUGGAUUCAGAUUCAUCAACAAGUAAACCAUCAUUAAUUACAUAUCAAACUCCAGAAGAACUGCUUGGACUCAUUGAUGAACAAGUACAAUGUCUCAAUCAAGUGAGAAAAAUUCAUCCAUUGGAAAGCCUAAAACAAGAACUCCAAAACGUCGAAGAACGAUCAUCAAAGUUGAUUAGUAUUGCCACUUCUUAUAUUGUUAUAUUACAUAUUUUACCACUUCAUCAUAUUCAUGGUCUUAUCAAUGGAUUAUUAACUCCACAUUUUAUUGGUGCUAAAGUUCAUUUAAUGAUGUGUGGUUCUGCUGCAUUACCCGAAAGUAUUUAUCGACUAUGGUAUGAAAUAACUGGUUAUAAUCUUCUUGAACGUUAUGGAAUGACAGAAUGUGGAAUGGCAUUGUCAAAUCCAUUGUAUGAAGAAAGAAUUCCGGUUUGA